GUCAUACGGAAAUAAGUUUACGUACAGCUUACACGGUAAUGCAGUAAAGAGUUUGCAGAAGGAACACAAAUAACAUUGCGAAACAGACUGCUACUCUGUGAAGAAACGAGAACUAAAGCAUGCAUACCUGUGACAUCUGUGGAGAAGAUGGGUUAUCUGAACCAGAUAUGAGGACACAUCUGUUGAUCCGUCAUUUUGAAAAUGACUCGACCUGCCCCUUUUGCUCUAUGUCAGGAAUAACAUAUGAUGAAUUACAGUUCCAUAUUAAUACUGCUCAUUGUGAAGAUAGUUUUGAAGCAGCAAAAACAAAUGAAUAUUUAGAUUGUACCAUUAAUCAUACAAAUCAUAAAAAACUUUCAGGUUUAGAGCUUCCAGCAGUAUUUCAGGAAGAAUGUUCUUCAACAUCAAUGGAAGGUAAAAAUGAUACCAGUACUAGAACACAAAAGGAAUUAUGUGGAACUGAAGUAAAAGUGUCUUCAUCUUCAACAAAAGAGACUUGUCCUGUUUUAACAAAAACACCAGUCCUUGCAAAUGAACAUAAACUGAAAACUGAGAUUUUUGUUUCUGAAAUGGGUAAACAUUUUGACAGCCCUGACAAUGAACUGGACAGUAAGCCUUCUCUUUGCAAGUCAAAUUUAAAUGGACCCAUAAAGCUGAAACGGAAACUUCUUAAAUCUCCUUCAAAAGGAAUUCAAAAUCAAGAAAACCAAUAUCCAUGUCCAAUGUGUUCCCUUUGCUGCUCUGAUGUGUAUGUUCUUCAGGAGCAUGUUGAGCUUCACUUACAAGAAAGAAGUUUUACAGAAGAAAGUUCCCACUGUUCGCCAGCAUCAACUCUGUUUAAAGAAAAUGAUAAUGAAUCGAAACAUGCCCAAACAAUGGAGCAUAAGGUUGAUAUCAGAAAAGACCACAAGACUUUGUCUGAUGUUGUAGAACCCCAAGGUUUCUCUAACAAGUUUGAUUUUAGUAAGAGUUAUGACAGAAGUAAUCCUAAAAAGUCAUUAAUAUCUGCAUCUUCCAGUACAAAAUUUCAAGAGGAUUCAGAUGCACAAACCACAAGGCUCUAUUACUGCCCAAUGUGUACCCUUGUCUGCACCAACAGUAGCAUCCUGCAGGAGCAUGUUGAACUACAUCUAAUGGAAAAUGGAAACCAUACUGAAGAAAAUGGCCAUGAUCAAAUCUUUGCAAGAAUGUUACAAGAACAAGAAGACCAAUUUAGGAAGGCUGAGGAAUCAAAAACAGAAGCAGAAGAAUUUAGGAGGUUGCAGAAGCAGUAUGGCCUAGAUAAUAGUGGAGGCUUUAAGAAACAGCAAAUUCAGAAUAUGGAGAAGGCUGUUGCUCGGGGACAGAUGAAGCCAGCUGAAUAUCAUAGAAGAAAGGUAGAACUAAUGGAAUCAUUAGCUGCAGGUUUAGAUGAUGGCAGAACAAAAACUUCAGGUUUAAUUAGGGCAUUAUAUAAAUAUUACCAUAAAGAAGCCAGAGAUGUUGCUCGUGUGUGGCUUUGUGCUGAAACAGACCAUUACCAUUCUACAGAUGGAGAUAAAGGAUGGGGUUGUGGCUACAGAAACUUCCAAAUGCUCCUUUCGGCAUUACUUAAACUGCACCAGUACAAGGACUGCUUACAAGAUAAAGAGAUACCAUGCAUCCCGAAAAUUCAGGCAAUGAUUGAAGAGGCAUGGAAAGAAGGCUUUGAUCCUCAGGGGGCAUCUCACUUUAGCAGUAGGUUGAAAGACACUAGGGCGUGGAUUGGAGCUACUGAAAUUUAUUCUCUGCUAACAUUUCUAAAAAUAAGGUCCCGCAUUGUAGACUUUCACUCUCCUACUGGACCAUCUGGAACUCAUCCACGUUUGUUUGAGUGGGUCAAGGCCUUUUUCUCCUUGGACUCCUCCUGUGUGGAUGCUAGGUGGCUACCAAAAGUUAUCCAGACUUCUAGACCUCCCAUUUACCUGCAGCACCAAGGCCAUAGUCGGACCAUUGUGGGAAUUGAACAGAAGAAUAAUGGAGCACAGUGCCUUUUGAUAUUUGACCCUGGUUGCCCUUCUCAUGUAAUGCAGAAGUUACUGCAUCCUGAAACUGUAGGAUUUAACCUUAAAACUCUUAGGAAAUUUGGCAGUGGUUUGAAGCAUAAGCAGUACCAAAUUGUAGCAGUAGAUGGCACUCUUACAGAAGAAGAGAGACAGGUGCAGCUACAACAUUCACGAAUUUUGCAAGCAGAAAGAGUUCCUUGAAGAAAAUUACAUUUUUUAAUUAAUCUAACAAUUUUUUGAAGUUUAGUAUAUUUAUGUAAA